AUGCCACUGGAGGGGCCAGAGGUGCUUCCACUGGUGCUGCUCGGCCUGCGAGUCACGCCGAAGGAGGAGAUCGGCGCGUCACCUGCCGACCUCGUUUACGGGCAAUCUCUGACAAUCCUGGGCGAUUUUGUCGAAGAUGUAAGACUCCCACGUGACACCGUGGCACCCACUCUGGCAGAACGUCUGCGCACUCACAUGGCCAGCCUCCAAGCGCACGCACCGAUGUGCCACGGCACUGGGAAAAUUUUCGUCCACACCGACCUGCAGCGCUGCACGCACCGACGCACCACGCAUUUCUUCGACCCGGCAGAAGAUCUGAUCACGGACGACACUCCCUCUGCCAGCGGUCAGACGGAACCCGCACCCGGAGCCGCCGGUGACGCACAGCUGCAGCCUGGUGUCAUCGCGCCGCCAUGUGCAUGUCCCACCACCACCACAGGCGCACCGGUCACCCCCACUGCAGCCACCAGCGGACUACGUCAUGCGCGCCAGCCGCCGCAUCUGAUUCAAAUGGCCGUGCUGCAUUGCCAGCGCACCAUGACACUCAAACCGGCAAUCACGUGCCCGAGCCGCCGAACGCCGUCAGAAUCCGGCGCCCACGAGCCGCCGUCUGCUGUAGAGACCCGGCCUCCAGCUGCAAGUGCCUUCGGCCGGUGA